GAAAUUACGAAUGAGAGGAUGAAUUUCGUACAGUAACUGAGAUUGUGUAGUUUCCAAUCUGUUAGAUCGUUUCUCUGUGUGCUUUUCAAAAAAAGGUCUGUGAGAAAAAUACUGGGACGUUAUAAAACCGGAUUGCUGAGACUAUCCUUUUUUCUCUGAAACCCCCAUCUUCACUCAUUGCAUGCGACUUGCCAGUCAAUAACCUCCUUCUCAUUCCUUAUUAUUGUAUGGACCAGCAACCGCAACAGCAGAAUAAAUCUCGCCGUACCUCUGUACAAAAAAUGUACGUUCCGGUACAUAAACGAGCAGAGACUACAGGUGACCCGACCCAUCGCGAUGAUCAAGAGUCGCAGCCUGAAGUAUCCCGAUCAAGUGUCAGAAGAGGUCGCGGUAAAUUUCAUGCGCCAUCCGAAGUAUCUGUUGAUGAAGAAACAGAGAUGCAAUCUCCCAAAGGCCGCGAUUUCGAUGCAACUCAAUUGAGAACUUAUGCUCCCGAUGACUCAAAGAGAUCUUCUCGCGCCAACAAACAUAGAUCCAUGCCCGUAAGCGAUCACUCAAUAGCAGCGACAACAAAGCACGCUGAUGGUGUACAAGACAAACGACGCUCAAGAAUACUCCAAGCCGAUCACCGAGGAUCCGUUGGCGAUAUGGACAAGCUUGGCAAUGCAAUGGCCGGUCUAUCGACGGGUGGUCCCUAUGACGAGGCCGACGAAGGACAGCGAGAAGAGUGGGAAGAUUUAUUGAAGGAAUACGAUCAUUAUGAGACUAACGAAAACGAUUCACCGAGAUUGACUGCUAGAAAGAAGAGGCUAUCUAGCCACAUUGAUCUCUUUGCUGCCCCACCUGAACCAACCACAGUUUUAGAUUGUUACGAUUUUCCACCGGCUUUCAAGACUCAUCAUUUGCACGACAUUUUCCGUGAAUACGAGAAUAUGCGCGGAGGCUACAGGAUAAAGUGGUUGGAGGAUACCAGAGCGCUCAUCAUUUUCGAGCAUCCCUCAUCCGCGAAGAAAGCCUACAUAGAUAAUGUGAGUAACCCAUUAGCGAAAAUCCGUCCCUAUAGUGGAUCCGUAAAUGUUUUGAGAUCUACCUCUCAAGGCCAGCUUCCUCGUCGACCACCAACAACUGAUAUGGUGGCAAGAAGGUUGGUCCAUGGUGCUCUUGGAGUACGAGCUCCUCGAUCGAAAGAACAGCGACAAGCGGAAAAAGAUGUCUUGAAGUCCGCAAGAGAUGAGCAAAAGAAUAAGAAGGAACAGGAGACGCUGCGCGCCACUGAAGUUUCAGCCGCGUUCGAUGAAUAAAUCAAUCUAUUUUAUCAUGCUUUCACCUUGUUAGA